AUGGAGGCGCAGGCAUCCUCACACCGGGAGCACCGGAAGACGAGCAUCCAUUUUCUGCUCCUCGCCUCCUCGAGAGGCACAGUGACCGUGCGUCCUUGUCGAGGCGCUUUCCGGUUUCUGCUGCGGCGGCAGAAGGAAAAGCAGGUAACAGGUUACCUCCUGUUCUCCCUGUCCACCGCCGUCAUCGGCUCUCUGCAGUUUGGUUACAACACGGGGGUCAUCAAUGCUCCCGAGCAGAAACUGCGAUCUUUCUUCAACAACACCUGGGUGGAGCGUUAUGGUGAGUCCAUCAGCCCGGGGGUCUGUACCAUCGUCUGGAGCGUCGCCGUCGCCAUCUUCAGUGUGGGCGGCAUGGUGGGCUCCUUCAGCGUGGGUGUCAUGGCGGACCAAUUUGGCAGGCGUCGCUCCAUGUUCCUGGUGAACUCUCUGGCGGUGAUCGGUGGCCUCCUCAUGGGCUUCUCCACCAUCUGCUCCUCCUAUGAGAUGGUGAUCGCCGGACGUCUGGUCAUCGGCCUGUUCUGCGGUCUCUUUACCGGCCUGACUCCCAUGUAUGUGGGCGAGGUGUCACCCACCCCACUCCGAGGAGCUUUUGGCACCCUGCACCAGCUCGGCGUGGUGGUGGGCAUCCUGAUCGCUCAGAUCUUUGGUCUGGAGGCUCUGCUGGGCUCUGACAAGAUGUGGCCCCUGCUGCUGGCCCUCACCGUGGUCCCCGCUGUGGUGCAGUGCAUCCUGCUGCCCUUCUGUCCCGAGAGCCCCCGCUUCCUGCUCAUCAACCUCAAGCAGGAGGAGCAGGCACGCAAAGCGCUGGUGCGUCUGCGCGGCAGUGAGGACGUAAGUAAAGACCUGCAGGAGAUGAAGGAAGAGAGCGCUAAGAUGGCCAUGGAGAAGAAGGUGACCAUCCCCGAGCUGUUCCGCUCGGCGGCGUAUCGACAGCCCCUCCUCAUCGCCGUCAUGCUGCAGCUCUCCCAGCAGCUGUCCGGGAUCAACGCCGUGUUCUACUACUCGACGGGGAUCUUCAACUCAGCUGGUGUGAAGCAGCCCAUCUACGCCACCAUCGGAGCCGGCAUCGUCAACACCAUCUUCACGGUUGUUUCUCUCUUCCUGGUGGAGAAGGCAGGGCGAAGGACUCUGCACCUCCUGGGGUUGGGGGGAAUGGCGGUCAGCGCUCUGGUCAUGACCAUCUCCCUCCUGCUGAAGGACAUUGCCACUAUGAGCUACGUGGCCAUCAUGGCUGUCAUGCUGUUCGUGGCUAUGUUUGAGAUGGGCCCCGGUCCAAUCCCAUGGUUCAUUGUGGCCGAGCUGUUCUCCCAGGGGCCCCGCCCGGCGGCCAUGGCUGUGGCCGGCUGCUGCAAUUGGACGGCCAACUUCCUGGUUGGAAUAAGCUUCCCCAAACUAGUGGAGCUGUGCGGGCCGUGGGUCUUCCUCAUCUUCACCGCCUUCCUCAUCAUCUUUUUCAUCUUCACCUUCAUUAAAGUCCCGGAGACAAAGGGCAAGACCUUCGACGAGAUCGCCCGCAGCUUCGGCAGCGCCGCGCCUCCCGCCUCCUCGUCUCCUGCGGACCCUCCCGCCAGCGCCAGCGCCGCCGUGACGCUGCCCGCCUCGCCGGUGAAGGAGAAGGUCCCGCUGGUGGAGGCGCCAGCGGCAACCCCGCCUCCUGCGGCUGAAACCACGCCUCUGGAGGAUAAAUCACACUCCACAGUGCAGGAGAGUGUGUAG